UAUAAUAAUAAUACUUUGAAAGGAGAAGAAGAAUUUGGAGAUGAAAGUGUCACUUUUGGAAACACGCAAAUUUCAUUAUUUAAAACAGACAAUUUUGUUAUUGGCAUUUCAGCGAAAGACGUUGUUGAAAUGACUAUUUUUGCACUUACAAAAAGAGUCCUCUUUAUUUCAGAAACAACAGUUUCAGUGUCAAAUGGAUUGAUUUUAUUUAACGCGGGAUAUAAUACGGACGGAGUGUUACUCCCCCUCCCCGUCAUAUACUGUCGGAGUGGAGUGUAUAACAGAACUUCAAAAUUAUGUGAAAGUCAACGAGAGUGCGACGACGCCUAUUGCAUCUUCUGUCCAACACGUAAAAGUGAAUGUGAAAGGUGCAGUAAUGGAUAUCAUGUUAUUACUGGGAAAUGUGUAGUAUAUAGUAACUGCGUUCUGACGAAAUCGAAUUUGUGUGUGAAAUGCUCAACUGGAUAUUCGUUAGAAAACAAUUUGUGUAAUUUGGAGGGGAAGUGUUUUGUUACACAAAUAGAUGGGAAGUGCCAAAUUUGUAACAGUAAAAUGAAUUAUAUAAAUAGCAAUGGGGGGUGUUACAGUAAAGAUGAAAAUAGUUUAAUAACAAGUGACUCUGUGAUAGUAACAUGUCAAAAGGGGUAUUAUAUUAAUAAUGAUAUUAAUAAUAAUAAUAAUACAAAAUGUAUGAAAUGUACUGCAAAAUAUGAACAUUCAGAAUUGUGUGAGGAAGACAAAACCAUUAAAUGUGAUAGUCAGAGUGCAAUGAAUUUAGAAGGGGAGUGUGAGAAUACAAAUUGUGAGAACCCAAAUGAUUUGAAUGGGAAGUGUUCUAUAGAAAUUGAGAAGUGUCUGUAUAUGGUGAAUGGGAAGUGCAAAGAGUGUGUGAGUGGAUACGUUUUAUAUGGUGGGAGUUGUUCUAUAAAGGAAGACGAGAACUGUGAAGAACAGAAUAGUGUUGGAUGUCUUCGGUGCAAAGACCAGUUUUAUUAUAACAAGACAACACAACUUUGUGAAACGUGCAGUGCAAAUUGUUUGACGUGUUAUGAAAGUUCAACGUUCUGUUUGAGUUGUUCGGACAACAAAUUUUUGUCGAGUAACAAAUGUGUUUCUAUAGAUGAAUUGACGGACAAGUGCAAGCAACUUGCGGCCUUUGGGAGUGGGUGUGUGAGGUGUGUUGAUGGGUAUUACAGAAAUGGACUUGACUGUGUUCACUGUGAUGAGAAGUGUUCGACGUGUAACACCGCGAAUGGGUGUUUCACGUGUAAUUUGACGAACUAUAAAACAAACCAAGGGGACUGUUUGCCGCAAAACAAUAUAAUUGGAUGUCACGUGGAAGUAACACAGAGUGGGUGUUUACAGUGUGAGAAAGGGUAUUAUAGUGUGAAUGGGAAUGAGUGUGCGAAAUGUGAGAGUACCUGUAAGACGUGCAGUUUAACACAGACGAAGUGUACUUCAUGUGAAGAGUCUUUAGUCUUACUGUUGAAUGGGAGUUGUGUUGGUCUUUCACAAAUAGCGAAGUGUAAAGAAGUGAAAGAGUCGAAAUGCACGAAAUGUGAAUUUUGGAAUUCGCCGAAUGCUGAGGGGACUCUGUGUGAAAGGAAAGCGGUGUGGUGGGUUGUUGUACUACUUGUGAUAUUUGUGGUACUCAUUUUAAGUGGAAUUGUUGUGCUCAUCAUUUUUGGGACGAAAAAAGUCCUUGAAGAAAUGCACCAAAAGAAUGUGAGUCAGACUACUACGAUUUUUAUGAUGGAACGAUCGAAUGUGAAGUUCACGGCGCUGCAGAAUGGGAUUUGCGUGUCGACAAGGGAAAUUGAUUUGAAUUUGGAAAACACAGAAAUUCCAAUUGAGGAAGAAACUCAUCAAGUCUUCUGUGUUGGGAAUAUGAGCAAAAAUAGUGUUAAAAUUCAGAUAAGUAUAUCAGCAAAAGUCGAGAAGUAUUACUAA